CCAUUCACGGCUGGGUUCAUAUCACGCUUUGGGUGUGAGGUCGUAUAUGCAGCGAUAAACAGACCUCAGGUCUCUGUACCAGGAAGCAGGAUUUGGGGUCAGUAGGGUAACUUCAGGGUGUUCAGUCCUACAACAGUGGCACCGGUCACCAUGGCAACUACCGACUACCAGCUACCCACUACCGACUACCGGCUAACGAUUACCGGCUACCGGCUAACGACUACCGACUACCAGCUACCGAUUACCGGCUACCGACUACCGGCUACCGACUACCAGCUACCGACUACCAUCUACCGAAUACCCAUUACCGACUAUCAACUACUGACUACCCACUAUCCACUACCAGCUACCGACUACCCACUACCGACUACCAGCUACCGACUACCCACUACCCACUACCCACUACCGACUACCAACUACCCACUACCCACUACCGACUACCAGCUACCGACUACUAGCUACCGGCUAGCGAUUACCGACUACCAACUACCCACUAGCCACUACCAGCUACCUACUACCAGCUACCGACUACCAACUACCCACUAUCCACUACCAGCUACCGACUACCGGCUACCGACUACCCACUACCGACUACCGGCUACCGACUACCCACUACCGACUACCAGCUACCGACUACCAUCUACCGAAUACCCAUUACCGACUAUCAACUACUGACUACCAACUACCCACUAUCCACUACCAGCUACCGACUACCCACUACCGACUACCAGCUACCGACUACCCACUACCCACUACCCACUACCGACUACUAGCUACCGGCUAGCGAUUACCAACUACCAACUACCCACUAGCCACUACCAGCUACCUACUACCAGCUACCGACUACCCACUAUCCACUACCAGCUACCGACUACCGGCUACCGGCUACCGACUACCCACUACCGACUACCAGCUACCGACUACCGGCUACCGACUACCCACUACCGACUACCAGCUACCGACUACCAUCUACCGAAUACCCAUUACCGACUAUCAACUACUGACUACCAACUACC